GGACCCAGAGGGGCUUUGACGUCAGCUCAGCCUUUAAGAGGCCGCCUGGCGAGGGCUGUGGAGAAGCAGCUCCAGACUACCACGCGGAGUCAUGCCUACCCCCAGUGCUGCCUCACCACAGCCCAAGGGCUUCAGAAGGGCUGUCUCAGAGCUGGAUGCCAAGCAGGCUGAGGCCAUCAUGUCCCCACGGUUCAUCGGACGAAGGCAGAGCCUCAUCGAGGAUGCUCGAAAGGAGCGGGAGGCAGCGGCGGCUGCAGCAGCAGCAGCUGCUGUGACCUCCUCAGAGCCUGGGGACCCCCUGGAGGCUGUGGUGUUUGAGGAGAAGGAUGGGAAAGCUGUACUCAACCUGCUCUUCUCUCUGAGGGCCACCAAGUCCUCCUUGCUCUCACGGGCCGUGAAGGUGUUUGAGACAUUUGAAGCCAAAAUUCACCACCUGGAGACCCGGCCGGCCCAGAGGCCUCGGGAGGGGGGUCCCCACCUGGAGUACUUCGUGCGCUUCGAGGUGCCCAGCGGGGACCUGGCCGCCCUGCUCAGCUCCGUGCGCCGUGUGUCAGACGAUGUGCGCAGUGCCAGGGAGGACAAGGUCCCCUGGUUCCCAAGGAAAGUAUCAGAGUUGGACAAAUGUCACCACCUGGUCACCAAGUUUGACCCUGACCUGGACUUGGACCAUCCGGGCUUCUCGGACCAGGUGUACCGCCAGCGUCGGAAGCUGAUCGCUGAGAUUGCCUUCCAAUAUAAGCAGGGUGAACCGAUUCCCCACGUGGAGUACACAGUGGAGGAGAUUGCCACCUGGAAAGAGGUCUACACCACGCUGAAGGGUCUGUACGCCACUCAUGCCUGCCGGGAGCACCUAGAGGCUUUCCGGCUAUUGGAGCGCUUCUGCGGCUACCGGGAGGACGCCAUCCCACAGCUGGAGGACGUGUCACGUUUCCUGAAGGAGCGGACAGGUUUCCAGCUGCGGCCUGUGGCCGGCCUGCUGUCUGCCCGGGACUUCCUGGCCAGCCUGGCCUUCCGCGUGUUCCAGUGCACACAGUACAUCCGCCAUGCCUCCUCACCCAUGCACUCUCCUGAACCGGACUGUUGCCAUGAACUGCUGGGGCACGUGCCCAUGCUGGCAGACCGGACAUUUGCCCAAUUCUCCCAGGACAUUGGCCUUGCAUCCCUGGGGGUCUCGGAUGAGGAAAUUGAGAAACUGUCCACGGUGUACUGGUUCACUGUUGAGUUUGGGCUGUGCAAACAAAAUGGGGAGCUGAAGGCCUAUGGUGCAGGGCUGCUGUCUUCCUACGGCGAGCUCCUGCACUCCCUGUCAGAAGAGCCGGAGAUCCGGGCCUUUGACCCUGACACAGCCGCUGUGCAGCCGUACCAAGACCAGACCUACCAGCCGGUCUACUUCGUGUCUGAGAGCUUCAGCGAUGCUAAGGACAAACUCAGAAGCUAUGCCUCACGGAUCCAGCGCCCCUUCUCUGUGAAAUUUGACCCAUACACGCUAGCCAUCGAUGUGCUGGACAGUCCCCAUGCUAUCCAGCACUCCCUGGAGGGCGUCCAGGAUGAGCUGCACACCCUGGCCCAGGCGCUAAGUGCCAUGGGAUAGGUGCACAGGCGUCC